AUGGCAGAGCCUGCCUGGCAGGAGUCCAUCCGCCUUCGUCUGACUGAGCGCAAUACCCGCGAGUCAUCUUUUGCGCCAAUAAUCGAACAAUAUCGAAAGUUGGCCCAACAAGCCAAACUCUUGAAGGAGCGCAAUGCCUCUCUUCUGCGGGCUGUUGGUACAGCCCGUUCUGGCCCGACAACUCCAGGCAACUCAGGUACUCCAACACCUGGCGAAGACAAUCCCGUCCGAGCGGCUUAUAUGGCCUCUCUGGAGUCGCAGAUAUCAUCUCUACGUGAUGAACUGGCCACAGUCUACAAAACACAAGGCCAGAAUGCCCAGAGACUGCUUGCCAUGAACGAGACCCUGCGAGAAAAGGAAGAACUGUCUCGAGUUGAUUCAGAAGCACUCAGGAAAACCCGAGACGAGCUCACAGUCCUUCGACGCAAGGUUGACCAACACAAUGAGCUCAUGACAGAGAAAGAUCGGACUGUACAGAUUCUCCACGAUGAAAUCAGCACGUUGCAGCUAGAGCUUGGCCAGAUCGAAGACCGAAAUCAAACCCUCACUAAAGAUAACGCAAAAUUGUUACAACGCUGGUUGGAUGCCAAACAAAGCGAGGCUAACAAGAUGAACGAAGCCAACGAGUUUUAUGAGGACAUGCGCUCUCGCCAUCAGACAGUGCUUACAUGGCGCGACGGGGCUGAUGGAAAUGGCAUAGACUCUGCUUCACAAUCGUCGGUGUCGGGAAACGGGGAGGAGGAGGAGACAGAACAGCCGAUAAAGAAGACGGAUGGGACGCAAUCUCCAGCGGCGAAGGGCAUGGAUCUGACGCCGAAUGGCUAA